AUGCAUUCAUUCGCCAAUCUCGGCCCUGGGGAGCUCAAUCCAUUCCCCACCCCAGCAAUCCGCAAGAUUGGAUUCUCAGAAGAUCCAGCACAAUUCACCGUGGCAAAGCUUCUCAUCCUCGCUUGGCCAAUCCAAAGACCAACCCCAGAAUGCAACAGCCCACCGAUCGGCGAUUUCGAAGCUUGGGUGCAUGAAAUCAAGCCACUCACUCUUGAAGAGCGCGAUCAACUUCCACGGGACUCUGAUACAAAUACCUUGCACACACCGUGGCGCGAUCAGGUCUAUUUUAUGUGGAACCAUGUUUAUUAUGAUGUUGGCAAUUGGAUGUCGUCCAUGUACGGCACUCGAUCUUUCCAGCCGCCAAAUAUAGAGGCUUUUGCGAUUAAUUUUCCAACACAUGAUGGAGAAAGCGAUGAUGGAAAAACACCUGCUGCAGUGAAGGUCUGGGAUGCGGAGGCCUUGUUUACUGCGGCUUACCUUGCCCCGGGUAUUACUUUGCGCGUGGAAACACUGAGGUCUGAUCAAGAGCAUGGAGAGCCAUUCCAUUCUGCGGACAUCAAGCAUGAGGAGAGAUUCAAUGUUCUGUAUACGAAGCAAGGUAUACAGGUCCGCUUCCAUGUUGAUGGCGAGUGGUAUCCGCGCGCAGGCGGCUUGGCUGCGGUUAUAGUCCACGGGACCAUGCUAGGCGAGCCGCGACAGAUGGCGGAAGAAAGUGAAGAAAGCGGCGAGAGCGGUGAGAGCGGCCUAAGCGGAGAAAGCGGAGAUGACGAUAGCUCAGAUGAUGGAGACGGCGGGGGCAACGAAAAAGCCGAGGACAUAAAAGAUGGGAUCACCUGUAACGUGGAUGAAGUAAACAAGAAGCUUUAA